AUGGAUACACAAUCACUUAAUACUAGUACAUUAAUCCCUCAUAAAGUUGAUAAAGUUGGUAUCGACAAACGUGAUGUUGGUACUCCUGAUGAUUGGAUCCCUCGUCAUCCUGAAAUGAUAAGACUAACAGGAAAACAUCCUUUUAACGCAGAAGCGCCAUUAUCGCUUCUAGUAGAGCAAGGCUUUAUUACUCCAAACCCCUUACACUACGUAAGAAAUCAUGGUCCUGUUCCUAAACUCCAGUGGGAUACACAUCGUUUAACUGUUAACGGACUCGUGUCAAACCCCUUAACCUUAUCAAUGGACGAUAUCGAAAGCCUCCCUUAUAAGGAAUUUCCUGUGACCCUUUGUUGCGCUGGAAACCGAAGAAAAGAACAGAACAUGAUCAAACAAACUAAGGGAUUUAAUUGGGGAGCAGCAGCUACAAGUUGUGCUAUCUGGAAAGGAGUCCCAUUAGGCCAUAUUUUAAAAUUAGCUGGAGUUGAUGAAAAAACUGAUAAGCCUCGUUACGUAUGCUUUUCAGGUUGUGAUAAAUUACCCAAUGGUAUUUAUGGUACAAGUAUUCCUUUGGAAUGGGCAAUGAACGAUGCUAAUGAUGUCAUCUUGGCAUACGGAAUGAAUGGUGAAAGAUUACCUCCUGAUCAUGGUUAUCCAUUACGUGCUCUUAUUCCUGGAUGCAUUGGCGGUCGAAUGGUUAAAUGGCUUGGAAGUAUAACAGUAUCCGAUAAAGAAUCAGAUAGUUAUUAUCAUUAUUUUGAUAACCGUGUUCUUCCUCCAGAGUAUGAUAUGGACCGAGCAAAUAAAGAAAAAGCUUGGUAUAACCCAGAUUACAUUAUCAAUAAACUUAAUAUUAAUUCAGCUAUAACUUCACCGGCACACAAUGAACGUAUUUCAUUGUCAAGCUUUGUUAGUACAAAAGAGUAUACAGUCAAAGGGUAUGCAUACACUGGAGGUGGUCAAAAGCUUACCCGCGUAGAAAUUUCUUUAGAUAAUGGGAAAACAUGGCAUCUCACAAAAUUGACACAACCAGAACUUGAACAUCCAGAAGUUCUAAAGAGAGGAGUAAAUCCUAUUCCACGAUAUUGGUGCUGGAGUUUUUGGUCAAUAUCUGUCCCAAUUUAUUCAUUUAUUCGAUGUGAAGAAAUUUCAGUGAGAGCUUGGGAUGCCACUCAUAAUACACAACCUAAUACUCCAACAUGGAAUGUAAUGGGAAUGAUGAAUAAUUGUCAUUACCGCGUAAAAGUAAAUACAAUUAAUGAAGGUAAAGAAUUUUUCUUAGAAUUCAUACAUCCAACUCAACCUGGUAAUAAUCCCGGCGGUUGGAUGGUUAAACCCGAACCACCCAAGACGGAAAAGAAGGUAUCCGAUUCAUCAACAUCCGUUAACAAAGAAACUCGCACUUUUACCACUCUACAAGUGGAAAAACACAACAAUGAUAAAGAUUGUUGGAUUAUUAUAGACAAAAAAGUUUAUGAUUGUACAAGAUUCCUAAAAGUACAUCCUGGUGGUAUUGAUGCUAUUCUUAUAAAUGCCGGAAAAGAUGUUACAGAGGAGUUCAAUGCCAUCCAUUCUUCCAAAGCAAGAGCCAGGUUGGAGAAAUUCUAUGUCGGUGAUCUAUCGGAUUCAUCCCAAUCAAAAUUGUA